CGUCCCCCGCCCUGCAUUCGAACGCCGAUGCGCAGAGGCGUGCUGUGGAGCGAGCUCGCGGAUUCCGGUUCGGCGUCGCAAGAAUGUGGAGGAUUUCGACGCUUCGACGUUUGGCCAAGCAGACGAUUGCAGCGCAUGUCGAGGGUUUCACCGCUCUCUCAUGGAAUCCCCGGCGGCUCGCGCAUACGGGCCUUUACAUUCAUCACACCAAUCCUGGCUCGGGCCGGGAGUCCAUAGCGGCUUCGCUGGGCCUUCUGCAUGCUCUCGACCGCCUUCAACCGGGUAUGGGCUACUUUCGCCCGAUCGACAAGACCACAAUUGGUGGUCAGAGGGCUGCGGUGAUGAAACGGAUAUUCGGCUUCCAAGACGAAGAGGAGUGCAUGAUCGGUGUGACUCAGAAUCGAGCAUUUGAGCUCAUCACUAUGGAUAAAACUGAUGAUUUGAUGGAGGAAAUUUACAAGGCGUUUGAGGAGAUCAGAAAAAGGCACGACUUCCUCGUGGUGGAAGGCACAAGCUUGAAAGGUUGGGGAGGCGACGUUGUAAACCUUAAUGCCACAAUGGCCUCGAUGCUUGGAACAUCAGCGAUGUUUUUCACAAAUGCACGAGGAGCCAUGCAGGGUGAAAUCAACCGAUCCAAAGAGGAGUGGGAGCGCGAAAUACUGGAGUCUGCAAAAGUCAGCAACAUCGCAUUCAAGCGUCAAAAAGUGGAUGUUUUGGGUGCCAUUGUUCACGGAAUGCCCGCUAAAUUCGUCGACGUCGACGCUCUGAAAAAACAAUUCGAAGAGAUCCAUAUCGCAUUUGCUGGGGCUAUACCUGAAGACCCUCUUUUCCAUUCUCUGCAGGUUCAAGACGUGGCGAGAACUUUGGAUGCUGAACUUCUAUUUGGAGUGCAGGAUCUGGAUACCUCCAUGUCAACGGAGGUUACAAAUUUUAUAGUAGCUACACUGCAGCUUUCGGACCUACUGAAGUAUCUCCCUAAUCACUGUGAUCCGAGUAAGGGGUCUGUCGUUAUCGCCGACUCAAGUAGAAGCGAUAUUUUGCUGAGCUUGUUACAUUUACAUGAAUCCAAGUCAUUUUCCAGCGUUGCUGCUCUAGUUUUGACCGGAGGACAGCGCCCAGAUGAACACAUUGAGCUCCUCGUGAAGGACCAAGCUGCCAAAGGUUCACUGCCUGUGCUCUUGAGUCCACUGCCAUCUUUUGAGACGUGUGCACUUCUAUCCAAGGCGGAGGCCAAAAUCGGACCAGAAUCCUAUCGAAAGAUUGAACGAGCGCAGUUAAAUUUCGAGGAGAACGUCAAUAUGGAAAUCAUAACCAAGGCCUUAUUGGAGGAGCAACCAAUUCGCAUGAAUCCUAAGCUUUUUAUACAUAACCUCUUCGCUCGGGCAAAAGUGAAUAAGCAGCACAUCGUUUUGCCUGAGGGGGAAGAACCAAGAACUGUGCAAGCUGCCGGAGUCAUUUUGAGGCGGGAUAUCUGUGAGAUCACUUUACUGGGUAACAAACAAACGAUCCAGACGAUAGCGAAGCAGUUCAGGGUCGACAUCAGUCAAGCACGUAUUGUUGACCCGACAACAGCUCCUAGAACAGAAGCAUACAGAGAUUUCUUCUAUGAAACAAGAAAACACAAGGGAAUUACUAAAGAACAAGCCUACGAUACUCUCAUCACAGACUGCAACUACUAUGGGACCUGUAUGGUUGCACUUGGUGAUGCGGAUGGGAUGGUUUCUGGCGCGCUAAAUACUACCGCUAAUACAGUUCGCCCUGCUUUACAAAUCAUCAAGACUUCCCCAAGCCUUCCCCUCGUGUCGAGUGUACUCUUCAUGUGUCUACUGGACAAGAUAUUGGUGUAUGGAGAUUGUGCAAUCAACUCCAAUCCCACCAGCGAGGAGCUUGCUGCAAUUGCUAUACAGUCAGCCGACACUGCAACUUCAUUUGGAAUUGAGCCAAGAGUCGCGAUGCUUUCUUACGCCACUGGAAACUCCAACACUGGUCCACUAAUCCAGAAGGUCAUAGAUGCCACUGCUAUUGCCAAGAAGAAACGACCUGAUUUACUGAUAGAGGGUCCACUGCAGUAUGAUGCAGCUGUGAACAUCGAGACUGCACGAACAAAGUUGAAGGGUAAAGACAAUCCAGUUGCUGGAAAGGCCACUGUUCUCAUUUUUCCAGAUCUAAAUACGGGCAAUAACACCUAUAAAGCUGUCCAGCAGUCGACGGGUGCCGUGGCUGUCGGACCUUUAUUACAAGGGUUGCGGAAACCAGUGAAUGAUCUUAGCAGAGGGUGCACCGUGACAGAUAUUGUUACAACAAUUGCCAUGACAGCAGUACAGGCAGUUAGCUUCAAGAAGAAUGUCGAGAAAACUUCGAACGAAAAAAUAAGAGCAUAGAUUCUCAAUCUCGAUGUCCUGCACGCCGUGCUAAAGACCUUUUGAACGCUGACGCCUCUGUUGCAGCGCAUUCCUAGUGCCUCGACUUCUCGCCAUCAAGUCCGAUCAUAGCAAUGUCGUACAUAACAUUUCUUGGACCAGAUGUUCAAGAGCCGGAAAAGGUCCACAGAGUGGCGGAUAGCAGAGCAUGUACAGGAGGAGAUUAUUGCUUAGAAGCUGUACUUUAUGUGAUCCGUGCACAUGUAAUAUAGUCAUGUAGCUACUUGGUCUCUUAAACCCAUAGUCCAGUAUUGGCGAAAGUUCGUUGGCCAGGUUCAGUCUCUCCAUAUACCUAGGCGUUAGUCUCGUAGAUUUGCGUGGAUAUUUUGCAGUGAGCUUGCGAUAUGUCUCUCUAUGAUGCUAGGAAGAGUGCACUGUUCAGCUGCUACAGCUUUUCCGAAAUGACUCGAGACGAAUGGUCAGUAGGAAAUUUGUAUCUGAUUAUUUGAUUACUGCCACUGAAUGUGCUGCAUCUGAGUUCGCAGCUCGCUAGUGGCAAGUUAAACAAAGGCAGAAGAUUAAGAUCAUAGGAGGGCAAGAAAGGAACCCAGCAGAAUCCUCUUGUUAGCUUUGCUUUAGAAUACAGGAUAUGUUUUGCACGAGGGAUAUAAGGAGAUCCAAAAACCCUGGCAAAGCCCAGCCGGAAUGUAAGAUUAUACUCUACCCUAAGAGGAGAAUAUCAUUGAAUUUCACGUCUGUUCUGAUGAGUCGGACGACCGACAUUCAUUUCGUUCAGUUGUGCUUCCAGUUUCACGCACUCAUGCAAGGAUUGCCGACGAUGCGCAAUCUUAUCGCAGUGAGCUAUGAGUGUCCGUCUGAUGGUAUUUGUUGGUGUGAGUGCCAUCGCACACUCGGCGGAUUUGAAUGGUGUGCUCGAAUGAUUGCAGUCGCGACAAGAGUGAAUGAAGAACAGAAGGUGGAUCCGAAAUGAGCGGAUGAAUUGUCCUCUGCCUCUCUGGCCUUAGAAGACUCGCACUCAGACUACGGACCCUUUAGCACACACGCCAACGACGGUAACCUUAUC